CUGUCACUGAGGAGGGUAACUGCAUUGUGCUGAACUGCAACUUCAAAUGAAGGCUUUUACCUCCAGAAGAAGCCCGACGAAGUGACCUCACGUGAUGAGUGAGUGAAGCAGAUGUUCCUGUGCCGAAUUUACUCACUGAGAAAGAGGGAGAGUGGGUAGAUGGGCUGCUCCAGCCAAUCGGCAGGGAUGUUUCUAUGGACUCGCCUCUUUUAGAGCAGCAGACAGGCUUGCUAUAUUAGAGAGAUGCCGCCCACAGCUGCACCUGACAAUUUACAGUGCCAGCACCUCUGAGCGAGAAGGCGAGGCACUCCAGUCCGAGCAUCACCGACGCUGGAGCUCUCUGGAAUUCACCGCUUUUACAUUCUCCUCUUUUAUUUUGGAUUUAUUAGCUGUAUUACAUUUCCUGCUGGCUCAGCUCUUACUUUUCCUACUUUUUUCUUGCCCGUUCAUGCCAUUUUAUAUUUUGGGAAAUAGUUGUAAUACAUUAAGGUCAGCCACUUUGUUAAGGACCAUUAAUCUAUUUUUUUAAGCUGGGUUUGUUUUUCAACUUUAAACUCAGAAAAAUCCCCCAGAAAUAAAAUGGAGUAACUCUCACUUUGGACAGUUUUGAAACUUCAAUCCCAUCGUGAUGUUGAUGGUCAUGGUCAAGCUGAGUUUUGAGCCAAUCACGCACUGCUUUCCAUGAAGAGGUUUGGCAGCCUGAGGAGGAGCAAGAAGCGACGAGAGCAGGAUGGGCUAGAAGGGAGGCAUCAGUCCGAGGCUUCGUGUCUGGCCGCUUCUGGACGCUCCACGCCCCCCUCCACUCCGACCCAGGCAUCCUGCCAACCUGUGUUCAGCCCAGAGGCUCAGCGGCAGAGCGCCCCCAGUCCAGAACGCCUGGAGUCCAGUUCCCGAAGCCGCUCCCUGUCCACUCCUCCGGACACAGGACAGCGCAUCAGCCUUUCCUACGCUAAACCUCCGAUCCCAUCAACCAGUCCUGUGCCACCCUUCUCUACCUCACACCAUGUCUACGGCUUAUUCGAAGGUAUGCUGGAGAAACUUGAACUAGAUGAUGAUGCUGCUGAGCCUGAGAGUGAUAUUUACAUGCGCUUCAUGAAAUCCCACAAGUGCUACGACAUCGUUCCCACAAGCUCCAAGCUGGUCGUGUUUGACACGGCACUCCAAGUUAAAAAGGCGUUCUUCGCCUUAGUGGCCAAUGGUGUGCGAGCUGCUCCUCUAUGGGACACGGAGAAGCAAAGCUUUGUGGGAAUGCUGACAAUCACAGAUUUCAUCAUCAUACUACACAGAUACUAUAAAUCACCACUGGUGCAAAUUUAUGAGUUAGAGGAACACAAGCUUGAGACGUGGAGAGAGGUUUAUCUUCAAGCAACGUUUAAACCUCUUGUUAACAUAUCACCAGAAGCAAGCCUGUUUGAUGCAGUAUACACCCUCAUCAAAAAUAAAAUUCACCGCCUGCCUGUCAUCGACCCUGUUACAGGGAAUGCACUUUAUAUUCUCACACAUAAGAGGAUCCUAAAGUUUCUCCAGCUGUUUAUGUGCGAAAUGCCAAAGCCAGCUUUCAUGAAGCAGACCCUAGGUGAGCUGGGUAUCGGAACGUACCAUGAGAUUGCUUUUAUCAACCCCGACACGCCCAUCAUUAAAGCACUCAACAUCUUUGUGGAGAGACGAAUAUCUGCUCUGCCUGUGGUGGAUGACUCAGGCAAAGUUGUUGAUAUUUAUUCCAAGUUUGAUGUAAUUAACUUGGCUGCAGAGAAGACGUACAAUAACUUGGACAUCAGCGUGACGCAGGCCCUGAAACAUCGCUCGCAGUACUUUGAAGGAGUCGUUAAGUGCCACAAAAUGGAAACGAUGGAGACCAUUGUGGACAGAAUAGUCAAAGCAGAAGUCCAUCGGCUGGUGGUGGUGGAUGAGCGCUCCAGUAUUGAGGGCAUUAUUUCCCUUUCAGACAUCCUCCAGGCUCUGGUGCUCAGCCCAGCAGAUGCCUGUAAGGAGGAGAACCUGCCUGAAUGAGUUUGUGGUGCAUCAGCUUUAGUGGAUGAAGUGAAUUCAUCUACAGCUUAAGUUGGAUGGUUUGAAGCUGAUGUGGAAAUUCUGGAGCGGUUCAGAAAGAGAGUCAUGUGCAGCUGAGUGAAGUGGAGUGAAGUUUUUUUGCACUGAGGAAUGGAUUCUCUCUCUUUCUUUUUUCUUUUUCCAGUUUAAACACUGAUCCAAUGCACACGCAUUACAAACCAAUAUGCAAACACACGCCGAUGAAUGCAAUAACCUUAUGGGAAAUGGAGAACAUUUUCUGAUUGAUCUGGGCUUUAAGUAGUUAAAAUCAUGUAGCUGUCAUCCUACACUUUUUAUACUUUAGUCACGUUUUGAUACUUUAACAUCCAUUGUACCAAAGUGUUUUAGCAGCACAACUACAUCCUCAUCCACAGAGAUUGGACAGCAGCUGUCAGCAAGGAGAACCGUUGCCAAUGCCAACAUAAAAUCACUCAGUGCGCAGUUUUUUGUGCCUUUUGUGCAGCAUUUUGCAUUAGUUUCUCACUGUGUGAAUCGAGUGCUUUUUUUUUUUGUAAUAUAAACGUAAGAUUGAAACAUUUACUUUUUAGGGGGUUAAAAGUCAUUUAUACUGUUUAUUCCUGGCGGUUAUGGAAGCUUCACACAAACAGGUGGAGCUGCUGGUGUGUGUCAGCUGGAUCGCAGCAGGACUCAUCUCAUUCUUGUGUAAAUGAGAUUGUUCUCUGAUGACGUCACAGAAAGCUUUAUUUUUAUGAAUGUGUUAACAUAUCUAAAGAUACUUCAGUUUGAAUGUUAUUUUUG